CGGCCCAUGGGGGCUUUUUAUUAAGGUGGAUGUAGGAGUUGGUCUUGCUCUCUUCUGGGUGACGCGGACUGGAAAGGGUUGCUCAUACUUACACCAAAGGUUUUUUUUUUGUGUGUGUUUACAUUCUGAAACUGCAACUACGUUUCAUCCACUCCUGAGAGGAGCCAUGAAGUGGACCUGGGUGUUUGUGGCAGUUUUGCUGUCCUUUGCGGGCCUCUCGCUGGGUAAAGACAGCUUGGAUUUCCCCGAGUACGACGGCAAGGACAGAGUCCACGACCUCCACCUCAAGAACUACAAGUCUGUGAUGAAGAAGUAUGAUAUCAUGGUGGUGUACUACCAUGAUCAUCCCGCAUCCAGCCGCGUCGCCCAGAAACAGUUUGAAAUCGAGGAGUUGUCCCUUGAGCUUGCGGCCCAGGUCCUAGAGGAGUUUGAUGAUGAGGACAUCGGAGUUGGUCUCAUUGAUGCGAAGAUUGACAAGGCUUUAGCGAAGAAACUAGGCCUUGAAGAGUCGGACAGCAUCUUCAUCUUCACAGAUGACGAGGUCAUCGAGUAUGAUGGCGAGCUUGCGGCAGACACUCUUGUGGAGUUCAUCUUUGAUCUCCUCGAGGAUCCCGUGGAAAUCAUUGACAACAGUCGGGAACUGAAGGGCUUUGAAAACAUCGAAGAGGACAUCAAAUUGGUGGGCUACUUUAAGAGUCACAAGUCAGAACAUUUUGAGGCUUUUGCUGAUGCUGCUGAAGAGUUCCACCCUCACAUCAAGUUCUAUGCAACAUUCAAUGCUAAGAUUGCCAAGGCUUUGGACCUCAAGCUUAAUGAGGUGGACUUCUAUGAACCCUUCAUGAACGAUCCAGUUGUUAUCCCAGGAAAACCCUACACUGAGGAAGAGCUGGUGAAGUUCAUUGAAGACAAUGACAGGCCAACUCUCAGGAAGUUGCAGCCCCACAACAUGUAUGAAAUCUGGGAUGACCCUGUUGAUGGCGAACACAUCGUCGCUUUUGCCGAGGAGUCUGAUCCAGAUGGCUUUGAGUUCUUGGAGAUCCUGAAGGAAGUCGCGGAGGACAACACAGAACAUCCUCACCUCAGUAUUGUCUGGAUUGAUCCUGAUGACUUCCCGCUGCUUGUACCUCACUGGGAGAAGAUUUUUGGAAUCGACCUGUCCACCCCACAGAUCGGUGUCGUGGAAGCUGAUGAUGCUGACAGCGUGUGGAUGGACAUGGGCGAAGGCAAUGAUGAUGACAUGCCAUCUGUGGACGAACUGGAGGACUGGAUUGAGGACGUUCUGUCUGGAAAGAUUGAUCCUGAUAAUGACGAUGACGAUGAUGAUGAUGAUGACGAUGAUGAUGAUGAUGAUGAUGAUGAUGACGACGACGACGACGAUGAUGAUGAUGACGACGAUGACGACGAUGAUGAUGAUGACGACGAUGAUGAUGACGAUGACGACGACGACGAAGAUGGUCAUUAAUAAAUCCGACAAAAAGAUCUAAAUCUGACCAAUGCAGUUUAAAGUGCUAAUAUGAAAAGCAAGUACAUCAUUUGUUUUCAUCUCAUAUCUUCGUCAUUUUUACUAAAUUCCAAUAUUGCUCCCCAGUCUAUUGCCCUGCACAAUUCUAACCUUUGAAAAGGACUGCUUGUCCUUUUAUAUGAUGAAGGUCGGUGGUGUUCUACUCGGUACUGGAGGGUGCGGCGUAUUGUACUGAAAGAUAUUUAAAACAUGUUGACUCUUUUUCUUGUUUUCCUCGGGGUGAAAACGCCAAGCCAAAUCCGAAGGUGCUAGGAGCUUUUUAACGAUGGCUGUUUCAGUAUCAUCAGCCUACUCGGUCAAAUCAUUGUAACACUGUACAUCGACAGAUGUUUUCUAUGACAAUGAAGUAUAACAGCAGCCAUAUUUUAUUUUUGUAACAAGAGAAAUUACUUAACUGUGAAGUCUUAAAUAAAUGACAGAUUUGGACAGAAACACCAA